AUGUCGUCAAGUUCAGAUGUGUUCCAGAGAAGUGUGAUCAGAAAUAAAGAGCAGAAAUGUGGGUCUCUCUUCACCACUAGAACCAAUGAAAAAACAGGACUCCCUAGAAUUGUUGGCGGAAUAAAUGCUGUUCCAGGGGGUCAGCCUUGGACGGUAUCUCUGCGGCUCUAUGAUAAACAUAUCUGUGGUGGGAGCCUUGUACAAAGAAGUGUAGUUGUGACUGCUGCGCACUGUGUGUAUCCUGUGCAUCCGAUUAAAGUGAGCCACAUGACUGUCGUUGCUGGAGAAUAUGACCAGAAUACAAUUGAUCCAGAGGAACAGACAUUAACAGUUUCUCAUAUAGUGGUGCAUCCUAAAUAUAAUGGUGGUGCCACUAUGGGCUAUGAUAUUGCCAUUGUUUAUUUGUCUGGACAAGUUAACUUAGGUAAUCAGGUGCAGCUGAUCUGCCUCCCACAGCUAAAUGAGACGAUUGAGGCUGGUACUCUGUGUACUGCAAGUGGAUGGGGAAGGAUUAAUGAAACUGGUGACCCCUCCCCCAUCCUACAGGAAGUGCAGCUUCCAGUUAUUGACAAUGUCACUUGCAGCUCUGUUCUGUCUUCCAUGGAACUUCCAAAUUUACAUAAGACCAUGAUGUGUGCUGGCUUCCCAGAUGGAGGCAAGGAUGCCUGUCAGGGUGACUCUGGUGGUCCUUUGGUUUGCAAGAGACGUACUGGGUCAUGGUUCUUGGUUGGAUGCACUUCAUGGGGACUUGGAUGUGGAAGAGCAUGGAAACAAACCAGACAAAAAAAAAAUUUAAGGGGAUCACCUGCCAUUUUUUCCAGGGUAUCUUCUCUAUUGAGCUUUUUAAGAAAUGCCCAACAGGAUGGAGGUUGCAGGACCAGAAAACUGAAUUACAUGGGUAAUAGUGGAAUUAUAAGGUACCCAGAAAGCAAGAAAAGCAACUAUACUAAUAACAGUCUUUGUAACUGGGACAUUAAAGUGGAAGAGGAUACAUUUAUUCAGAUUAACAUUACUCUAAUGGACAUAGAGAAUCAAGCUGGCUGUAUCCAUGACUACUUGGCCUUUACCGUUAAAGACAAAACAAUUAGAAAGAUGUGCGGAUCAAUUGUUCCCUCUCCUCUGCUGAUCUCAUCCAAUCAUGUGACUGUCACUUUUUUCUCGGAUGCAACUAAUACCGGCCAAGGGUUUGAGCUGCGUUAUUCUGCAGUAGCUGCAACAUCUGCUGGUUCUGGCUGUGAUAGUCUUGCUGUUUUGAAGACUGAAGGGAAGAUCUACACCAUCAAUUACCCUGGUUUAUACCCCAGUUACACAACUUGCCACUGGAUAAUUGAAGCCCCAAAGGACCACAUUAUAAAACUGUGGUUUGAAGAUUUUGCAUUAGAAUUUCAGAAGAACUGUGAAUAUGAUCAUGUGUCCAUUUAUGAUGAAAAUGAAGAGACAAAUCUCCUUGCUAAGUUAUGUGGUUCUUCACUCCCUCCUCCAAUUUUCAGCCCAAGAAAUACUAUGUUCAUAUUUUUCAGAAGUGAUCAGGAAACCAAUUACCCAGGAUUCAAGGCCAGCUUUGUAUUUUUGCCUUCUGUGAAUGGGGUAGUGUACGCACGCCUAAGCCUACAACAUGCUCCUCUAAGAUUCUAUAUGGAAUUGGGCAGCCAGCUGUGGUUGUCUGAGUUUUCGAGCUGGAGUGUGUCACAACCCUGUGCAGGAGAGGCGACUGAGCUCACCCAGACCAUUGGGAGAGUUGUGCUUGAGCGGAAGUGGUUGCGUUCUGCAGAUCCUAGCCUUGCUCAGGUUGUGAACGAAAAUUCCUCAAAACAGCUACGUAAGAUAGUUGGAGAUGUACUGAAGAAGAUGAACGGACCAUUUCAUGUGACACUCGGGAACUCUCCAAAAAGCCCUGGUGAUCCCCGACCUGGUCCGGUGGAUAAAGGUGGCCUUGAAAAGAGGGAUGGGCCUGUUAUUGGCGCUGAUGCGGCUAGCUGCUCCGGCGACAAAGAGGAAAAAAUGGCCGCUUUUCGUGCUCCUUCGGAUCAACCUGAGGCCUCCACUACGGACGUGGUCAAAAACACUGUGCCAGCCGGCAACAACCUUUCUCCUGUACAGGCGACCCUGCGCAGGAAUACGGAUCUAACAGCUCAGAGGAACUCCGAAUAUGGGGAAGCAAAUGGUGCCUUUGAUAAGCCAAUCACUGUGGAUGUUCCAAAAGCAAAAUCUGUUCCACUGGAUGUCUGUGGCGUUGCUCCAUUAGCUUCCCAAGGUGCAAUGGAACGUAUUGUAGGGGGACAGGAAGCAUGCACCAAUUGCUGGCCUUGGCAAGUGGGACUUAAGUUUAUGGGAGAGUUUUACUGUGGAGGGGUGAUAAUCUCCUCUCAGUGGGUUUUAACUGCAGCCCAUUGUAUUGAGGGGUCCUCAAACCCUGCUUAUUGGGAAGUAAUUGCUGGAGACCAUGAUAGGUAUUUAGUUGAGUCGACAGAACAGAUUAGACAUGUCCAAGCGAUUGUGGUUCAUAAAGACUUUAGUCAAGAAACCUAUGAUUAUGAUAUUGCCUUGGUUUUUUUAAAGGAGCCUCUAAAGAUUAACAGCUAUGUUCGGCCAAUAUGUCUGCCCCCAAGUGAUGAACCUCUUUCUCCUUCCUCAAUGUGUGUGGUCACUGGUUGGGGGAACACUCUAGAAGAUGGGACCUCUGCCACUCGCUUGCAGCAGCUAGAGCUCCCUAUACUAGAUAACCAAGUCUGUAACAAAUCAUAUUACUCAGAUCACCCUGGGGGAAUCACAGAUCGCAUGUUCUGUGCAGGGUUUCCAUCUCUUCAAGGAAAAGAUUCAUGCCAGGGAGAUUCAGGAGGGCCCCUAGUCUGCGAUAAUGAUAAACCGUUUUUUCUCUAUGGACUCGUCAGCUGGGGAGAGGGAUGUGCAAGGGCAAAGAGACCUGGUGUGUACACCAAGGUCCGUAUGUUCUUGAGCUGGAUACAAGAAACGCAACAAGUGCUUCAAAGCCAUGAAAAUGCAGUGAAAGGCCAACCUAAUGAAGUAAAUAUGCAACCGAGGACCUCUGAAGAAAAAACUGCUACAUCAGAUGAAUGUUCAUCUGAAGUGGAGCUAAAAGAAUCUGUUGGAUCCAUUGCAUCUCCAGGUUAUCCUUAUGGGUAUCUUGGAGGUUUGAGUUGCUUCUGGUUUAUUAACGUUCCAUUGUCAAGUAUCAUUAAAAUUCGAAUUGAACAGCUGUCCAUAGAAGAAACUGAAAAUUGUACUGCAGAUUCCCUAUCUAUUUUUGAAGACAGCAGCAAAGGAAAAGUACUUCUAGGGAAAAAUUGUGGCUAUUUAUCUUCUCCGGUCAUCUACCGAAGUGCUGGACCUGUGAUCAGGGUAGAAUUUCACUCUAUGCAACCAGGAACCUAUGAGAAACAUGGCUUUGUAAUAACGUACAAGAAAUAUGGAGGGCAAGUAAACCGUUUGACACAACUUACUAAAUUUGCAUAUAACCCCAAAUCUGAAAACUGCAGUGAUGUUGUUAUAACUUCAAGUAAAGGAACGAUUGCAACUCCUGGUUAUCCUGGAACAUACUCUAAUGAUCUGUGGUGUGAAUGGCGGAUCAUCGCUCCUCUAGGACACAUAAUACAUCUGGAUUUGCAAGACUUAGAGACUGAGAACAGUGAAUCAGGCUGUGAGGAUUCGCUUCAGGUUUACGAAGGAAUUGGCAAAAGUAAAAGAUUACUUGGUAAUUUCUGUGGAGAGAUGCAUUCUCACUCUUUGAAGUCAGAAGGAUCAGAGAUGACUUUAAUAUUUGAAACAAAUUCCAAAGUGACCUUGAGGGGAUUUUCCAUAAACUAUUCCACUUGGGAGAAUAAGCCAGCGUGUCCCAUCCUGGAUCUUCUCCCAGCAGGAUCAGCGGAUAUUAAAUCUCCUGGUUAUCCCAACCUAUAUCCAAAUGAGUUAGACUGUAAGUGGAUCAUUUAUUCUACCACUGGAAAACGGCUUUUGCUUGUAAUAACGGACUUAUUCUUGGAAUAUUCAUCUCGUUGUACUUUGGACUUUUUGAAUGUUCAUGAUGGCCCCAAUAAUCGUUCUAAUUUAUUAGGUACUUUUUGUGGUUCCAAGACAGAUCUCCACCUACAGUCUAGUGGCAGCUACCUAACGUUACACUUCCACACAGAUAGCUCAGUGGGUGAUCGAGGCUUCAAAGUUCAUUACAGUGAUUUAACUGAGUCUUCUGUGCAGAUAUCGAAGAUGCUAGGAAAUUCAAGAAGUUUAGAAACAUGUGGGUAUGCAUCUGUAGAUCCAAUGCCAAAGGCCAGAUCCAACACCAUGGUAAAACUAACCAUAGAUGACAAAAAAACACGUGUGGUAGCAGGGUAUCCUGCACUGCCAAAGUCCUGGCCCUGGAUAGUUAGUCUUCAGACGUAUAAGAAGAAGCACUUUUGUGGAGGAACAAUCAUACACAGCAAGUGGAUACUGACUGCUGGUCAUUGUGAAUUCAGUGUUGGGUUAGACAGAGUUUUUGUUGGACAGAACAACUUAUCCCUUGGAGAAAGAGAAGCUUUCGUUAGCCACGCCUACACUCAUCAACUUUAUGAUCCUGAUCAAAUUCCUCCUAAUAAUGAUAUUUCUCUGCUGGAGCUGACAACACCCCUUACAUUUGAUGAUUCAGUUUCAGCCAUCUGUUUGCCAGAGAAAAAUGACAGCUUUACAAACGCUGACUGCCUGAUUGCAGGAUGGGGAUCUAUCAAUCCAUAUCGUAAAGAGUAUCCAACUUACCUUCAGCAGGCUAAGGUGCCAUUGGUUUCUAACACAGCCUGUAAGAGUCACUGGGGUUCGGACAUUACAGAUAACAAUGUUUGUGCAGGAGCUGCAGGAACGUCUUCGUGCAUGGGAGAUUCUGGUGGACCUCUCAUUUGUAAAUUGCAGGACCAGUACAAGCUUGUUGGCGCGGUGAGCUGGGGUAGUGAUGUAUGUGAUGUUAAAAUUCCUGCGGUAUACACACAAGUUUCGCUCUUCAGAGACUGGAUAUCCCAAUAUACCGGCUUUUAA